UCUCAAAAGCAACGGUUCCGCUCCAAGCUCCCGCGAAGCCAAAAGCCAAUGCUUCAAUCGAAAGAAUUGCCGUACAAGUCUCAUACUGUACCGUACAACCAACCUGCAAGACCAACUAACUCAUCAUCUCCCAUUAUUUUAUUCAUCAAUACUGUACCCCAGCCAGGACCAAACUAGUUCCGUUCCAAGCACGAAACCUCUCUCCCUGCAACCAGACCAGUUCUCCGAGCUCAUUUCUGCACUACUAUCCAAAAACCAAAAAAUGAGGAUACCUCUAUCGUUUGUCAUUGCUGCCAAUGCUGGACUGGCCGUCUUAUGUGGGGUAUCGUCUGUGAAUGCCAACCAGGAUAAUAUAAUCACCAGCAGGCCACUAUCUUUGACAAAUCUAUGGCGCUUCAAGACUAAUCAUGGUAUUCUCGAGAAAUCCUUCUCUCGUCGUGCUGGCAGAGACCAAUUCCGACAAUUGCAAUCCAGCGAGGAGUGCACACAAGAUCCCUUUUUGUGGAGUAUUUAUCAGACUUCCAACAGUAACAGUGAGGAACAUGUUGGAUUCGCAGUGGGGACUAUGCAUGUUCCAUGGGAUGUUGUCUUGACGGAAGAAGCCUGGGCGACCAUCGAGGCAGCCAUUCAAGGCUCUUGUGCCGUCUAUGCGGAACUUAAUUUGGAAGACCCAGAAUUGGAAGCAGAUCUCCUGGCGUGCGUAUCCCAGUCAGAAGCUAGUGCAGCCCGUCUUGCCGACAUUCCAGAUCAGGCAUUACAGCAACAAAUCUCCAACACGCUGGUGGAAAUUGCUCAAGAUAUUGCCCCUGACAGCACGGACAUACAAGGCGUGAUCUUUAAUACCUUUCAAUCCCUCUCUGGAUUCAACCUGAUACAAAUUAUUCAAAUCUACAAUACACCAGAAUACUGGCCAUUGUUCCGUCAGACCCUCUUGACGGGGGAGGUGGUUCCGGCCAUGGAUGCUAGUAUCCUUGCUGAAGCGAGGCCAGCAGGUGGAUUGGAAGAUGUGGCGUUACAAUGUGAGCUGUUAGAUUCCUUCAACCCAUCCAAGGACGAUUUGGUCAAUAACUAUACGGAUGUGUGGGGACCCUAUCUGGAAGCCGGCCUGAACGAGUCCUUGUCCGAGCUCAUUCAAGCCUACAGGUGUGGUGAUGUGGCUACUUUCUCAGACCCAAAACUAUUCGAAGGUACCUCCGAGGAAUCCCAGACGCUUCUCCUAGAUGAUCGCAACAUUGAAAUGACGGAGCAAAUGGUCGACAUACUGGAGACCUCGACAACCAAGACAGUCUUUGCUGUCGGCCUGGCGCAUUGGACACUUGGGGACAACAGCUUGGAAAACCUUCUAGGUGCCAAUGGUUAUCGAUUGGAACGGGUGAAAUCUGGAACAUUGAAGGAUCUCGAGGCUUUGCCCAACACAGCUUGCCCGGGCGCCGAAGAAGUCACGGUGGAAGAAGGGGGAGAGGAGGAGGAGGACGUGUUGCCAGAGCCCGUGGCCGUAUCGUCUGUGUCGAGGAGGACGUGCUCUUGGUGCGCAGAAGCCUCUGCCCUAGUCUUUCUUCUCGUCUUGUUCUACUAAGAGAGUUUAGUUCUUAUAUGAAGGUUUGCUACAUGAAGCUUCGAAGUGCCGCAUUUUUUCUGCUAAUGUGUACUGGUAUUACAAUUCGUUGCCGCAAGCGUACCGCUACUGUCCACUCCGAUUUGCGCUUUGUUUCUUCGUGCAACAACAUGUAUUAAAGAUACACUUAUCUGCACAA